CAGCCUGCCUUCCGGUUUCCGCGCCGCCGCAGGUGCUCCUGUCGAGCGCCGAGCCGCCGAUGGAGAUGGCGUCCGCGGCUGUGUGAGAAACCGUGGAGGCCCAGAGCCUGGGCGGAGACCUGGACGGGCCGGCGAGCCCGCGGAAGCCCGACCGGGCUUCUCGUGUUCCAGAGAGGAAGCCCUGUCCAGGGCCAUGAUGCCACUUCCCCAUCAUCUGUGUGCUGCUGGGUUAAGCUAAUGCUGCGGGAGCCUUGUUCCUUGUGGAGGAAUCAGGCUGACUCUUGACAUGAGGCCCCUGCAUUGUGGGGGUUGAGAGGGAUACUCCCAUGGCUUCUCUGGAUGACCCAGGGGAAGUGCGGGAAGGCUUCCUCUGCCCUUUGUGCCUGAAGGACCUGCAAUCAUUCUAUCAGCUUCAGACACAUUAUGAGGAAGAACACUCCGGGGAAGACCAUGAUGUCAAAGGGCAAAUUAAAAGUCUUGUUCAGAAGGCUAAAAAAGCAAAGAACAGGCUGUUAAAACGAGAAGGAGAUGACCGAGCAGAGUCAGGGACCCAAGGAUAUGAGUCUUUCAGUUAUGGAGGGGUUGAUCCUUACAUGUGGGAACCCCAAGAGCUUGGUGCUGUGAGAAGCCAUCUUUCAGACUUUAAAAAACACCGAGCUGCCAGGAUUGACCACUAUGUUGUUGAAGUCAAUAAAUUAAUAAUCAGGUUGGAAAAGCUCACUGCAUUUGACAGAACGAAUGCCGAGUCAGCUAAGAUCCGAGCAAUAGAAAAGUCUGUGGUGCCUUGGGUCAACGACCAGGAUGUCCCUUUCUGUCCAGACUGUGGGAAUAAGUUUAGCAUCCGUAACCGCCGCCACCACUGCCGGCUCUGCGGGUCUAUAAUGUGCAAGAAAUGCAUGGAGCUCAUCAGCCUUCCCUUGGCAAAUAAGCUCACCAGUGCCAGCAAGGAUUCUCUGAGCUCCCAUACGAGCCCUAGCCAGUCACCCAACAGUGUCCAUGGCUCCCGCCGGGGCAGCAUCAGCAGUGUGAGCAGUGUGAGCUCCGUCCUGGAUGAGAAGGAUGAUGACCGGAUCCGCUGCUGUACCCAUUGCAAGGGCACGCUGCUCAAGAGAGAGCAGCAGAUUGACGAGAAGGAGCACAUCCCCGACAUUGUGAAGCUCUAUGAGAAACUACAGCUUUGCAUGGAGAAAGUUGACCAAAAAGCUCCCGAGUACAUCAGGAUGGCAGCAUCAUUAAAUGCUGGAGAGACAACCUACAGGCUGGAACAUGCCAAUGACCUUCGGGUAGAAGUGCAGAAAGUGUACGAGCUAAUAGACGCUUUAAGUAAGAAGAUCUUAACCUUAGGCUUGAACCAGGACCCUCCACCACAUCCAAACACUUUGCGGCUGCAGAGGAUGAUCAGAUACUCGGCUACACUUUUUGUGCAGGAAAAGUUGCUUGGUUUGAUGUCACUGCCAACCCAAGAACAGUUUGAGGAACUAAGGAAAAGGAAGGAAGAGAUGGAAAGGAAGAAGAUGCUAGAGAAACAGGUGAGUGAAGAAUCCCAGCGAAGGCUCGAGGAAAGGCGGAGUGACCUGCCAUCUCGUGCCAAUGGGGAGGUGGUGUACCUUCGAAGGGGCUCUGCCCCCUUGAGAAAGGCUGAGGGCUGGCUCCCCCUAUCGGGAGGUCAGGGGCAGAGUGAAGACCUGGACCCCCUCCUCCAGCAGAUCCACAACAUCACAUCAUUUAUAAAGCAGGCCAAGGCCGCAGGCCGGACAGAUGAAGUGCGCACCCUGCAGGAGAACCUGCGGCAGCUGCAGGAUGAGUACGACCAGCAGCAGACAGAGAAGGCCAUCGAGCUGUCCCGCCAGCAGGCCGAGGAGGAGGCCCUGCAGCGCGAACAGCUGCAGAUGCUGUGUGAACGGGAGUGGGAGCGAGAACGGGAGCAGUUCCAGGCGGCAUCCUGGCACACACGGACCCGGUCCCUGGACUUCCGAGAAAUCAGGCCUUUUCAGCUGGAGCCCAGCACGGAGCCGUGCACCCACCUUGCUCAUGCUUUGGAUCUGGGUUCUUCACCAGUUCAGAGCAGUGCAACUCCCAAGACCCCUUCACCCAGCUCUGCUCUUGAGCCUAUCAGAGUGCGGUCUGGGCCCCCAGCCCUUGGCCAGGAAUUCUUGCCCCCGAGCACCAUGUCACAGCAACGCGAGGUGUCCUCCCUAAAUCCCUUUGAAGAGGAAGACUCCGCUAGCCCUACAGCGGAGGGCUCUACCAGCCCUCGUGCUGCAGAGCCUUCCGGUGGCCCUCCAUCCCGCAUCCUCAAAGAGUACAAUCCUUUUGAGGAAGAGGAGGAAGAGGUGGCAGUGGCAGGGAAUCCCUUCACUAACUCAAACAGCCCAGCACCCAACCCCUUCAGUGAGGAGGAUGAGCGUCCUGUUCCUGGCAACCCCUUUGAGGAAGCCACCUGUACCAACCCCUUCGAGAUGGACAGUGACAGUGGGCCAGAGGGCGAGGAGCCCAUAGAGGAGGAGCUCCUCCUCCAGCAGAUCGAUAACAUCAAGGCGUACAUCUUUGAUGCCAAGCAGUGCGGUCGCCUGGAUGAGGUGGAGGUGCUGACAGAGAACCUGCGGGAACUGAAGUGUACCCUGGCCAAACAGAAGGGGGGCUCUGGCUGGCCACUGGGCAGGUAGAGCACCUUUGCGUCCAGGGGCCUGGCAGGAGCGGGUUGGUGGAAUUGAUGGGCAGGAGGCAGGAUGAGAAUUCAGAUGCAUACACGUUAGGGGAGGAAAUCUGCUAUUUCAUGCUGUGUACUUGGAGGUUUUUUCACUACAAUUGAAAAAUAAAUGGGAUCUAGAACAGGAAGAAUCAGCAUUCAUUUGCUGUUUUUCCUGGGCUUUUUUUUUUUUUUUAAAUUGGCUUUUCCCUUUAGAAGGGACUUAAAAUUUUCACUACUGAGAUAUAACUAAAUGCAUUUCUGUUGGGUCCUGGUGUGCACCUCGUGGGUCCAUUUGUCCUGUCUAGUCUUUGGUCAUUAUGAGUAUUAUAGGGCAGCCUUAUAGCGGGCCCUCCGUUAGCCAAGACUGACAAGGUGGAUUUCUUUAAACCGCACUCUCCUCUGGCAGAAGCCUGACCUCGUUAGGCUGUGGGUUCCUUUCCCUGGAUCUUCCUCUGCCCUGCUGGGUACAUCCUGCCUGUGCAAAGGAAGGGGUCAGGUAUGCUAGGAAGGGGCCAGUUUGGACCCAGGAGAUCCCAGCACUUUUUUUUUAAGAGGGUGAAGAGGAUGAGGUUGCACCAGAGUGUGUUUCCCUCUCAGUUUAAGUUCUCAUUGGUCUCUUUUAGGAAGUUAAACUCCCAGUGCUGAGGUAUCACUGUAGUCUGAUCAUGAGCUUUUUAGAAAAUAGAGUGGUUAACUUUUUGGUUGAUCAAGGUCGUAUUAUUUGGGGAAAGAGUCUCCAUGUAAAUGUUGUCUGUUCUCUCUGACUACUGGAACAAUUGUCUGACCCUGGAGAAACCUCCUUGAGCUUGGCAAAAUGACUUGUAGCUGGGAUUUUUUUAGAGGCCUUGUCUGUAAUGUAGGAAUGAGUGAUCAGGAGGCUUUCGUGGAACAUUGUCAGAUAGAAGCUUCCGUAAGUCAAAGGUAAAUCAAAAUAAUUUCCAAGGCUAGUUGAUCAGCCUUCUUCCCUUUUUGUUCAUCCUGUCCUGACCUGUGGCGCUGGUGAGAUUUUUCUUCCCAAUGUUUAGCAUUAAAAAACUGAAAUGUUUGAAGAAGCACAACCCAGGACCAUUCUAGUAACACGGCAGUUCUUGAACUCUUCACCAACUAAGGGCAAAAAGGGAAAUUGUUAAUUUAGCUCUGGUGCUUUGGAUUAUGGGAACAUAACCCUUAACUGACAUCUGACAUCAUGAUAUCCAAGUGUGCUCAGCUUUGGGUAGAGUUCCUGUAAUUACACUUGUUAAUUAAUGAACAAUAACUGACCACUAGUCACUUUAUACCCCUUAACUAACUCUGGGCCAUACUCUCACUGGUUACUGAUGUGAGAGCUAAACUUCAUUUUGUUACAUUCUGGGAAGACUCCUGUUGAUCUUGGAAAUGUUUGAAAAACAUUGUGGUAUAAAAAUAUUCUGUAUUUGUGUUGACACUAUUUACAUUUCUUUAGCACCUGCUGGAUCUUUGGGUUGAAUGAAAAGGGGGUGUAUAGGGAUGUGGGAAUGGGGAGUCAGUGGAAGGCUCUUUGCAUUUGGGUUCUGUUCACAAAGGAACAUGAGUGGUUACUAACGUCAGCCAGUACCAACCUUGCUGUAUGGUAGUUAUGGGAAGUUGGCAUUCAGGCAUUUAAAACGCUGCCUCAUACAGGCGUCAUUUCUCCCUUGAGGUCCAUGCCCUUCAUGCUGUAAUUCUGGAGGCUUCAUGGAUGGCUGUACGCUCCUCCCUGCUCACUCUGUCCUUUCUCUCUGACUGAAGGGGAGGAAGCUCUCUGCCAAAAAGCAGGUAGUUCCUAAAUGCUGCCAAAGCUGCUUGACAUCAUAAUUACUUUCCUUAUGAGAAUAUAUCUCUUUCAAUUAGCUGCUGGUUUCAAUUAAGACUAGUUUACUAAACAUACCCUUUCUUUGAAAUCAACCAUAGGUAGCAAUCUGUACGUAACUAAGCCUUGAGAACCACACAUAGGAAACAUUUUUCAAACAAACAAAAAAACCCGUACACAAACCCUCCUCCCUCCAAAACACUGAGUAUCCUAGAUCAAACUAAAACCCUCUGAUAUGAUUGAAUUCUUCUGUGGCCGUACUCUUCCACAAAUUCUUUAAUUUAAUCCUUCCAUGGCUCUCUUCUCCUAUGAUCAUAGACAUGAUAGCAGUUAGAAUUCGCUAUCGCUCAGCAGACCAUUUCCCAGAAUUCACACAGGCACACAGUUGGAUUUACAGAGGUGGGUUAACAUCGGAAAAGACGGCCUAUGAAUUAUAAUCACAACUUCGAGUUCUUGACUCAUGUGGGUAUUUCACCUCCUGCAGUCCUUCAUCAGAAAACGAGCAAGUUCUUGAUAUAGCAUUGGCAGAUCUCCCAAAAACAGAUCAUAUGUGGAAGAGACUUUGGCUUUUUCCUUUUAUGCCUUGUUUGUAUUUUUCCCUGUCUAAUACACUAAGGAUACUUAUUCAGUGUAUUUGCAACUCAAUGUGUUUUUGUUGUUCAGACACUAAAAUGUACCUGAGUCACCAUGAGCCAUGCGGUAGGUUGAACAUUUGCAUAGUUAGCUUGGGACUCAAAGUGAGAAGCCGGUCUCUACCAGGUUAGAGGCUGUGGUGGCAGAUUAUGCUGGUCAUCUGACAAUGAUGGAGACAUUGAUUUGCAUGCACUGGGGCCUGGUAUUGGAACCUUUUUAAAAAAAUAAAAUAACAAAUAUUA